AUGCGCCCCGCCGGCCUUCUCCCCGAAAAGGGAUGCGCACCGCUGGGACUGCCAAGGCUGGUGGCUGGGCCCGGCCGGGCGCCCCCCCCUCGAGGUGACCGCCGAAGGCGCGAUGCGCCCGCCGUGGCCGCCGCAUCCCGCCGGAGCCCCGGCCUGGGGGGCCUGGGGGCCAGCGAGGGCGAGCUCGACAAGCUGUCUGAGGACGAGAUCGGCGCUUGGAAGGAGGGUGGCCCGCCGACGCCCCUCCUGGACACUGUCAACUUCCCCAUGCACAUGAAGAACUUCAAGGUCAGCCAGCUCAGGCAACUGUGCAAGGAGCUUCGUUCGGACAUCGUCCACACUGUGUCCAGCACAGGCGGCCACCUGGGAGCCAGCCUGGGUGUCGUGGAGCUCACAGUGGCCCUGCAUUAUGUGUUCAACCUGCCAGAGGACAAGAUUAUAUGGGAUGUGGGCCACCAGUGCUAUGGACACAAGAUCUUGACUGGAAGGAGGAGCAGGAUGAAGACGAUCAGGCAGACAGGGGGGCUGUCUGGUUUCACAAAACGAUCUGAGUCUCCGUAUGACCCCUUUGGUGCGGGCCACAGCUCCACAUCUGUGUCUGCUGGCCUGGGGAUGGCAGUUGGCCGGGACCUGAAGAGUAAGAAGAACCACAUCAUAUCCGUCAUCGGCGAUGGGGCCAUAACAGGUGGCAUGUCGUAUGAGGCCAUGAAUCAUGCUGGCUUCUUGGACAAGAACAUGAUUGUAGUUCUGAAUGACAACCAGCAGGUGUCACUUCCAACACAAUACAAUGGAAGGAAUCAGGACCCUGUUGGCGCCCUAUCUAGUGCCCUGGCCCGGCUCCAAGCCAACAAGCCCCUGCGCGAGCUGCGAGAGAUCGCAAAGGGUGUCACCAAGCAGCUGCCAGAGCCCAUUCAAGAUGCCACUGUCAAGAUCGACGAGUACGCAAGGGGUAUGAUCUCCGGCUCAGGCUCUACCCUGUUUGAAGAGCUCGGGUUGUACUACAUCGGCCCCAUCGAUGGGCACAACCUGGACGAUCUGAUUGCUGUGCUGAAAGAGGUCAAGGCCACAGAGACUGUUGGCCCUGUGCUGCUCCACAUCGUGACGGAGAAGGGCCGGGGGUACCUACCCGCAGAGGGCGCCUCAGACAAGAUGCAUGGCGUCGUCAAAUACGACCCCAAGACAGGCAAGCAGUUCAAGAAAAAGGGCAAGACUGACUCGUACACAAACUACUUUGCGGACUCGCUCAUUGCUGAGGCUGAACGCGACAGCCGGGUCGUUGCGAUCCAUGCUGCAAUGGCAGGCGGCACUGGCCUAUACCGAUUCGAGAAGAAGUUCCCUGAUCGGGUCUUUGACGUGGGGAUAGCUGAGCAGCAUGGGGUGACCUUUGCUGCCGGCCUUGCCUGUGAGGGCCUGGUGCCAUUUUGCACGAUCUAUUCCACCUUCUUGCAGAGGGGCUAUGAUCAAGUGGUGCACGAUGUCUGCCUACAGAACCUGCCAGUCCGCUUUGCCAUGGACCGUGCAGGCUUGGUGGGCGCUGAUGGCGCCACCCAUGCUGGCGCCUUCGACAUCACUUACAUGGCUGCCCUUCCCAACAUGGUCGUCAUGGCACCCUCCAACGAAGCGGAGCUCAUACACAUGGUGGCCACUGCAGCGGCCAUCAACGACCGACCCUCCUGUCUUCGCUAUCCACGUGGCAAUGGUGUUGGGGUGGACCUCGCUGCUGAAGGCAUCACUGACGAUCUCAAGGGUGUGCCGCUAGAGGUUGGCAAAGGCAUCGUGCGACAGGGUGGCGCGGACGUUGCACUCGUUGGCUAUGGGUCGGCUGUGCAGGAGUGCAUGAAAGCCGCCGCGAUGCUGUCCGAUAUGGGCGUCUCCUGCACAGUGGCGGACGCACGAUUCUGCAAGCCACUGGAUGGUCCACUGCUGAAGCAGCUGGCGGUAGAGCAUCCCGUGAUGAUCACCGUUGAGGAGGGCUCCAUCGGUGGCUUCGGAUCCCAUGUGCUGUCGUUCAUGGCGCUGGAAGGGCUGCUGGACGGUGGGGUGAAGCUUCGGCCGAUGACCCUGCCUGACACAUUCAUUGAUGCUGGCGCGUACACUGACCAGCUGGAUGAGGCUGGCCUGACAGCUUCCCACAUCGCCAGCUCUGCGCUCAGGCUGCUGGGGAAGACCAAGGACGCCAUGCAGGUGAUGCAGCAGCACAGAUGA